AUGGCGUCUUCGCCGUCGUCGUCCCCCGCGGCCCCCGCCGAAGCCGACUCCCCGAUCGUCCACGUCGCCUUCAGCAGCGGCACCUCCCACUUCGUCGCGUCCACGGCCACCGGGUUCCACGUCUUCUCCUGCGACGACGACAAGGUCGAGCGCGUCCACUACAAGUCCGACGCCGUCGCCUCUCCCGGCGUCGUGGUGACCUCCGCCGAGCUGCUAACGCGGUCGCGCGUGGCCGUUGUGACCCAGAUGGCAGGCGCCGUCAAGGGCGCGGCCGAGCACCACGCCAUCUACUUCUGGGACGAGGAGAGCGGGGAGGCGAAGCAGAUAGCCAUCGGCUCGACCAAGACCCCCGACCUCGGCCCCGUGGGCGGGCUCCGCCUUCUCGGGGGCCACGUGCUCGUCGCCGGCCAGCAGAUGGCCAUGCUGGUCAUCAGCGGCGACUUGAAGAGCCGAAAGCUGGUUCAGACGGGCCCCAACCCGCUUGGGCUGUGCGCGCUGGCGGUUGACCAGGAGACGCGGCUCGUCUGCGCCCUGCCGCGGCCGGAGAAGGGGGCGGUGCAGGUCCGCCGGACCGGCAAGCCCGGCAGCGUCGACGUGCGCGCGCACGCGUCGAGCCUGUCGUGCAUCGCGCUCUCCCGCGACGGCCGGCUGCUCGCCACAGCCGGAUCAAAGGGCACGCUCGUGCGCAUCUUCAGCACCGACGACGGCACCAUGCUCCAAGAGCUAAGGAGAGGCAUCGACAGAGCAGACAUCCACUGCAUCGCCUUCUCGCCGGACUUCAGAUGGCUGGCCGUUUCCAGCGACAAGGGGACGGUCCACGUUUUCCCCGUCGCCAGCGUCGACAAAGCAACCUUGACAAUGGAGGGCGGCGACGGGGAUGCCCUCCUGGUGGCCCCGUCACGAGCAGCGGCGUUUCCUCCUGCACCGGCAGCAGCCAAGCAGGGAUCAUUACUGCCAUCGUUCUUGAAAGGUUACUUGCCGAGCUACUUCAGCUCAGAGCGGUCUCUGGCGCAGGUCCGGCUCCGUGAGGGCGUCGAGUACGCGGUGGAGUUCUGGCGGCACCACCCCAACAACAUCCUCAUCGCCGGCACGGACGGAAGCUUCUACCGGUGCCGUUUCGACCCCGUGAACGCGGGCGAGAUGAAGCAGCUGGAGCAUGAGAGAUUCAUUAAGAAGAUCAACGAGUGA